GUUUCGAUAUUUUUUUUCACCCGGAAGUUGUUCGAGUAAACAUAUCGCACAUGUUGCAAAUAAGGAAAGUGACUGGAAAAGAUGGACGUAAAGAAGAGUAACAGUCUUAAAAGUACCUCUCGGGAUUUGCUGGACUGCGGGAACGGACACGGAAUUCCUGAAAAGCUGUUACUGAAAUCCAAGUGUGCGUCGUCGCUGCACACGGAGAAGGUCCUGAGAAGCAGUGUUCUAGACAGGGUCCAGGGUUUCCUGCCUCAGAUGGCCCGGGCUAAUGAGACGUUAAGGCAGCAGAUGGAGACCCUUCCUGCAGGUCACUUUGACAUCGAGAGUGUUGAGGAAGCAGAUCGCAUCAUUGAGAUGGAUGUUGCUCUGGUGGAGCUGGAGGACUCGGACAGCAGUGAGGAAGAGGAGUUAUCCGAGGAGAGCUCAGAUGAAGAGACUGCCAGUGUUGAAACACUUAAAUUACCUGGCAACCGAAAGAGAAAAGCCAACAUUGAGGUGCUAGAGAAAGACAGAGAAUGAAGGGACACGUCUCCUCAUGGCAAAUGCAACACCACUUUACGUUACCCCUCUCACGUACGCACACAGGGGGUCUGGGAAUUAUCGCUCCUCUAAGCAGAGGACUCUUGAGCUACUGUAAAUACGGACCUGAAAUAGAAGAGCAUAAUUCUCGGCUUGUACAUUGAGUGAUGGACAUGAGGUUGAAGUGCUGAGGAUUUUUACUUAGCAUGGAAAAUACAGCCUUUGUUCUGUUUGCAUGAAUAUAUUCUGAUGUCUGUAUGAGAGAAAGACCUAAUCUCAGGUUACGUAGACAUACAGUGAGUUGCAGCAACAAGGGUUAGAUUAAAGCAAGUUUAGAGCUAAUUAGGGAUUUGUUGAUCUACAUUUUACAUUCUGAACAUGGGAAAACACUGAUUAAAACCUUCAUGUUGGAUUCUGUCCAUCAGGAUAAAUUUAUCAGUAUAAAAUGUCUGGUACUCUUGUGAUUGUUGAUUUAGCAACAAAUAAACACGUUUCCUUAAGAUGUUCUGUGCAGCCAUUUUUAAAAUUUAAACCUGUCCAGCUGCUAGAUUUAAACAAAUCAACUCAAUUUAAAGUAUUAAAGGAUUAAUGUUGCUGCAAUCUUACUCUAUAACUAAUAGCUUACUGUAUAACUAAUAUCAGGAUCCAUGUCUUAUUGUCUGUCAAACUUAAGGUGCAACAGGUGCAUCACAAAAAAUUUGAAUAUCGUAGAAAAGUUUUUUUUUUUUUCUUCUGUAAUUUAAUUCAAAAAGUGGAACUUUCAUAUAUCCUAGAUACAUUACACAUAAAGUGAAAUUUCAAGCCUCUUUUGUUUUAAAUCUUGAUGAUUACGGCUUACAGCUCACGGAAAUUAAAAAAAAAAAAUCCCGUAUCUGAAAAUAUUAGAAUAAAGAAUUUUUAAUACAGAGGUGUCGGCCUGAGAGGCAGGGGCGGAUUAAGUCAUUUUUGGGCCUACGGCAAACACAGGCAUGGGGCCCUCCACAUCCCUUGUUCUCCCCAUUUGUCCUUAUUGUCGUAAUCCUUUUUUUUUUUUUUAUCUAAUAAAGACCUACUUGUAACGUCUCUUCACACAGCAAAGAUGUCUAGACGUAUGGGAUUGCAUCUGCAAAAAACACAAAACAUUCAGUUUAACAAAUACACUCAGUCACCCACUGUAAAAACCUAUUUUCAUUUAAAAAAAAAUAAAUAAAGAUCUCUGUACGGUAA